AUGAAUUGUUUGCUUUCUCUUUUGCCACUGUUAGCAAUGUUUUUUGCUCUUGGUCACUCACAGGCAAGAAAUGGCCAGUUUGAGGUGCCGAUGACCGCUGCUCUGAAGAAAGAAAUUUUGGACUUCCAUAAUAAUGUUAGGGCUGGAUUGAACGCUAAUAUCCCAAAUCUGAUGAUCUGGAAGAAGACCACCCAAAUUGGAUGCUCCCUGUUCGAAUGCAAGCCCUUAUACGGAUCAGAGCGGGGUGAUAUUUUCACAGACUGGGGCUACGGUAAACUCUACCAUCUUGUCUGCAACUACUGGCCCAAAACUGGUCACCACACGAAUCUUUGGGACUACAAAGACGGCAACGGCCUAAUAAAUGAAAACCAGUGCAGAUUGUGGGGUGAAGCAGAGGAAUCGACUGAUGAACACUUAUGA